AUGCCCUCCAUGUUGUGCAAGAGUGGAACAGCGAGUGACGUCGUUAUAACGUUUUAUAACGGGAGAAACAGAAACCACGUAAUUGUGUUUCGUGGAAUUUCCGCGCGCGCGAUCUGGAAAUGACCCGGAAACCCUUAACGAGGCGAAGAGUUAGUGUUAGAGUUAGUGUCGAGUCGGAGCUCGGUUCUCUCUGAAUGCCCCGAUGGGAAGUCGCGUCUCCGCUGCUGCGGGUCCGAGCGCUUUAAACACCGCGUGCGCGCACUCCGCCGCCGCUGCGCACCAACCGAACCGCCGUGCGCGCGCGCCUCGUGCCUCCGGAGCAGCGAAACUGUGAUGAUGAGGAUGAUGAAAGCCAGGAUUGCGAUGAUGAAGAAUAUGGUGAUGAUGGUGAAGCCCAGAGUGGGGCGCGUGCUGCUCGCCACAUGCGCAGGAUCUUUCUUUAUUCUCAUUUUAUAUUUCCAGAACAGCGCGAGAGCCGAGCACCUUUUAGGAAGAACUGGUUUCUCAGGAAAACUUCGGCGAGCCCCCCUGCAGACUCUGUUUGAUGGAGAUCAGCAGAAUCGCUCAGCUGUUGGGAUGACGCUGCAGGGUCGCCGCUCGUUUCUGGACAAAGCAUGUCGCUCUCACACACGUAAACGUCGUGUCCUGAGCCCCGAGGACCUGCGCCACUUGCUGGUGGAUGACCGACACGGACUGCUUUACUGCUACGUUCCCAAGGUGGCCUGCACCAACUGGAAGCGAACGCUGAUGGUCCUGACGGGUGAUGGACGCAACCGUGAUCCUCUCGCCAUCCCGGCUAACGAGGCCCACGCCCCAGGCCGGCUUCGCUCGCUCUCCGAGUACUCCACAGCUGAGAUUAACCGCCGUCUGCGUACGUACCUGAAGUUCAUAUUUGUGCGAGAUCCUUUUGAAAGACUUGUCUCGGCGUAUCGCAACAAAUUCACACGAAGCUACAACACCGCCUUCCACAAACGCUAUGGCACCAAGAUAGUGCAGCGUCACCGCGCUAACCCUCGGCCUGAGGCUCUGGAGAAGGGCAGCGACGUCUCGUUUGAGGAAUUCGUGUACUACUUGGUGGACCCACGGACUCAGCGCGAGGAGCCGUUUAACGAGCACUGGGAGAGAGUGCACGCACUCUGCCACCCCUGCCUCAUUCGCUACGAUGUGGUGGGCAAAUACGAGAGCCUGGCUCAGGACUCACGCUAUGUGCUGAAGCUAGCUGGGGCAGAAGGGGAAGUGGAGUUUCCAGCUUCAUCUAAGAGCACAAGGACCACAGAGAGCAUGGCAGCCAAGUUCUUCAACAACAUCAGCCCCUUUUAUCAGAAGAAGCUCUACAAUCUGUACCGUAUGGACUUCCUGCUCUUUAACUACUCCACACCGACCUACCUGAAGUUCCGAUGAGACCAGUGACUUAAACACCAUUGUUUCAGAUUUGGUGGCUGUGCUAGCGGCUCUCAGAAAGAACUGAUUACUGCUGGCAUCCUGCACAUCUUCCCAAAAUGCCUCAGUAAUUCUUUUGGCUGUAUUCAGUGCCAGCUGCACUCCCGAGGACGUGCCUUUGUUCUCUUAGUGUUGUCUAACUGGAGCAGGAUUCUUCAUUAGCGACUGAGAGAUCGAUUUUCACAUCUCCUGCCCACAUUUUUUAAAAAUAGUUGAUAUAUUUAUGUUUUUAUGUAUUUAUUGUACAUUGAAAUGAAAGUUUGUACUCAGAGCUGUGAAUCCUUCUUUCAUAAAAACAAAACUUGACCAAUCAGAAUCACUCCU